AGCGAGCCGUGAGGGAGGGAGCCAGCGAGCAAGCAAGCGAGGCCGAGGGUCGCCCUGCCUGGCCAGUCCCCUUCCCUUCCCUUCCCUUCCGGCUUCCUUGCCGGCGCCGCCAUGGUGCUGGAGUCGGUGGUGGCCGACCUGCUGAACCGCUUCUUGGGCGACUAUGUGGAGAACCUGAACAAGUCGCAGCUCAAGCUAGGCAUCUGGGGCGGCAAUGUGGCACUUGAUAACCUACUGAUCAAAGAGAAUGCACUGAGUGAACUGGAUGUACCUUUUCGAGUAAAGGCUGGACAGAUAGAUAAGCUUACCUUGAAGAUUCCUUGGAAGAAUUUGUAUGGUGAAGCAGUAGUGGCCACUUUAGAGGGACUGUAUCUACUCGUUGUCCCCGGGGCAAGCAUUAAAUACGAUGCAGAAAAAGAAGAAAAGUACCUGCAAGAUAAUAAGCAAAAGGAACUGGCAAGAAUAGAAGAAGCUUUACAAAAAGCUGCAGAAAAGGGCGCUCAUUCAGAUUUCAUCUAUGGCCUGGAGAACGUAGUGUGCAAGGAUGUCAAGACUGGACGUAAGUCUAAAAAGACUAAAAAGCAUUUUAAGAAACGAUUUAAGAGUCUUGAUCACUCAAAAGAUAAACCAAAGGAACAGAAGAAAGAUACAUUUUUGGAAAAGCUUGCAACACAAGUUAUCAAAAAUGUUCAAGUCAAAAUCACAAGCAUCCAUAUCAAGUAUGAGGAUGAUAUCACAGAUCCUAGCCGACCACUUGCAUUUGGACUGACGCUGGGAGAGCUGAGCCUACUGACUACCAAUGAAAACUGGACUCCUUGCAUUCUAAAUGAGGCUGCAAAGAUCAUAUACAAGUUUUUGUGUCUGGAUUCCCUCAGUGUCUACUGGAACGUGGAUAGUGAACUGUAUUACCAUGCUUCCAGGGAAGAAAUACUGGAGCGGUUGAAAAAAGGAGUCCCUUCCACUGGCCAGAAACUUCCAAAUCAUCAGUAUAUAUUUAAGCCGGUAUCAGCCUCUGCAAAGCUGUACAUUAACCCACACGCAGAAAUAGAACUACAGACUCCCAAAAUUGAUUGGAGCAUGGAAGUCCAGAGCAUCGCUGUUGAACUGACCAAGCCACAGUACCUUAGUAUGAUUGACCUUCUGGAGUCCAUAGAUUACAUGGUUCGAAAUGCCCCGUACAGGAAGUACAGACCAGACGUACCUCUGCAUAAGCAUGCCAAACAAUGGUGGAAAUACGUGGGGAAUAGUAUUCUUGAGGUUCACAUAAGACGAUAUACCCACAUGUGGUCAUGGAGUAACAUAAGACACCAUAGGCAGCUUCUGAAAAGUUACAAAAAUAUUUACAAGAGUAAGCUGACACAAACCAAAAUAUCAGAAGAAACUCAGAAACAAAUACAGGAUUUAGAGAAAGCCCUGGAUGUCUUCAAUAUUGUUUUAGGAAGGCAGCAAGCACAAACUGAGGUUAUAAGGUCAGGACAAAAGCUAUUGAGAAAGAAAUCCGCUGAUGCAGAGAAAAAAGGUGGUGGUUGGUUUAGUGGACUCUGGGGAAGGAGGGAAUCUAAGAAAAAAGAAGAUGAGGAAGAACCAUCUGUUCCUGAAACUAUUGAUGACCUCAUGACCCCGGAAGAGAAGGCAAAGCUCUUCACUGCCAUCGGUUACAGUGAAAGUUCUCACAACCUCACUUUACCCAAGAAGUACGUUGCCCAUGUGGUGUCCUUGAAACUGUUGAGCACAUCUUUUACAAUUAAAGAAGACAAGAAUGUUCCUGACAUUCUUAAAAUCCAGAUAAUUGAUCUAAGCACUAAAAUAUCUCAGAGACCAGGAGCACAAGCACUUAAGGUGGAGGCAAAGCUUGAGCAUUGGUAUGUAACAGGUUUGAGACAACAGAACAUUGUCCCUUCCCUUGUGGCUUCUAUUGGGGAUAAUAGGUCGUCUUUGCUCGACAUAGAAUAUGAGAUUAAUCCAGAAGACAGCAGUGCUGAUCAGAGCCUCUUUGUUCAGUCACAGCCUGUGGAAAUGAUCUACGAUGCGAGAACAAUAAAUGCCAUAGUGGAAUUCUUCCAGACCAACAAAGGCAUGGAUCUUGAGCGCUUAACCACAGCCACUCUGUCAAAGUUAGAGGAAAUUAAAGAGAGAACUGCUACAGGACUGACCCAUAUUAUUGAAACUCGAAAAGUCCUUGACCUGAGGAUUAACCUGAAGCCCUCCUACCUUCUGGUUCCACAGACAGGUUUCCACCGUGAGAAGUCUAGCAUUCUUAUUCUGGACUUUGGUACUUUCCAGUUGAAUAGCAUUGAUCAAGGCAAUCACACCACUUCAAGUACUUCACUGGAAGAAAUCAUGGAUAAAGCAUAUGACAAGUUUGAUGUGGAAAUCAAGAAUGUGCAGUUACUGUUUGGCAGACCAGGAGAAGACUGGAAAAGAGCAAGGUCUGAGCACUCAUCCACUCUGCAUGUGCUGCGACCCAUGGAUAUCCAUAUACAACUGGCCAAGUCUAUGGUGGAGAAGGAGGUCAGGAUGCCCAAGUUCAAAGUAUCAGGAGAGCUUCCUUUGGUUCAUUUGGGAAUUUCUGAUCAGAAGAUCAAAGUUGUCUUGGAACUAAUUGAUAGCAUUCCACUUCCACAGAAAUCAGUGGUUUCAGCUUCAGGUGGAAAAGCACCUGCCAUUCCUGUGGUUACAGAUGCCAGAAAAGAUUUACUUGGUGCCUCAAUAUUGCUGGAGGGUGUAGGAUCAGAAUCUGAUGAUGAGUUUUUUGAUGCUGAUGAGUUUACCCGUUCAGGGGAACCGACUUCUACUAAAGUGAAGGAGUUAAAGUCUAAAGUUGGGGCUGGAGACGAAGAGCUCACAGAUCUUCAGCUGAAAUUUGAAAUUAGGGAGGUGGUUUUGGAGCUGACUAAACAACUGCAGAGAGAAGAAACAAUUAUUGUGUUCAAUGUAAAGCAGCUUGGAAUGGAAGCAACUAUUAGAACGUAUGACUUGAGAGCAGUAUCGUAUUUGAAGAAAAUUAGCUUGGAUUAUCAUGAAAUUCAAGGCAAAAGACAGAAACUUCCUUUAAUUAGCUCUUCAGAUAAUCCCGGAUUAGAUCUCUUGAAAGUAGAAUAUACAAAGGCCAAUAAAAAUGGUCCAAAAUUUCAGACGGAUUUUGACAACACUGAACAAGCAGUUCAGGUGGUUUUCUCAUCGUUAUAUCUGAUGCUGCACACACAGGCCCUUCUUUCAACUGUUAAUUACUUCACGGCUGUCAUCCCCACAAAAAGCCAGCCUGCAAAAGAUACAGGACCAUCACAGGCACAAGAGAAACAGAGUAAAGAGACUGGCAUGAAGAAAGUGAUUAAAUCCUGCAAAGACAAGGAUGUGUUUGGUUUCAAACUGUUUGCCAAGUUGGACGCAUUCUGUUUAAAGGUUUGCGACGAGAAGAACAAUAUUGCUGACAUCAAAAUUCAAGGUCUCAAUUCAUCUCUGUUUCUUCAGCCCUGUCAAACCACUCUCUUUGCACGACUGAAAGACAUAAUUGUUACAGAUGUUGAUACAAGAACAAUUCAUAAAAAGGCUGUUUCUAUAGUAGGUGAUGAAGUCUUCAGCUUUAACUUGACGUUGUAUCCAGAGGCUACAGAGGGAGAAGCCUAUGCAGACAUGUCCAAAGUAGAUGGGACAGUCUCUCUCAAAGUGGGCUGCAUUCAGAUCAUAUAUCUACAUAAAUUCCUCAUGUCACUCCUGAGUUUUCUGAACAACUUUCAAACGGCCACAGAGGCCUUGAGUGCUGCAACAGUGGAGGCUGCAGAGAAGGCUGCAACAAGCAUGAGAGAUUUGGCUCAGAGGAGCUUCCGCCUUUCCAUGGACAUUCACCUUAAGGCCCCCGUUAUCCUCAUCCCUCAGUCUUCUGUGUCUUCUAAUGCCAUAGUAAUAGACCUCGGAUUGAUCAGGGUGCAGAACAAAUUCAGUUUGGUCCUGGAAAAGGACUGUCCGCUGCCCCCGGUCAUGGAUAAAAUGGACGUGCAGUUGACACAGCUCAAGCUGUCGAGGACAAUCUUGAAGCCCGGUUUUUCACAGCCCGACGUACAAAUCCUGCAUCCCAUUAAUAUCAAUCUCUCUGUGAAUCGCAACUUGGCUGCAUCAUGGUACCACAAAAUACCUGUUCUGGAAAUCCAAGGGCACCUUGAUACAAUGAAUGUUAUCCUAAGUCAAGUGGACUUGAGUGUUCUACUUAAGGUAGUGACGGAAAACCUUGCCGAAGCGGACAAAAAUCUAAGUGACACCAAACCAAAGGCACAAAUCGAAGAAUUAUCAGGCAAAACAAAAGAGGGGCCAGCAGGAGGUCAAAAAGAAACUCCAGUGGCUGCAUCCAGGGAUGACUUGAAAGAAGAUAUUACCAACAUGCUCCUUAAUUUUGAAAUAAAAAAGGUUGCAAUAACAUUAAUGAAACAAGUAGAAAAACAAAGUUUCCCAUUACAUCAGUUAACAAUGUUACAGCUUGGAGGUGAAAGCAAAAUUAAAACACAUGAUAUGAUUGCUACAGUGUAUCUUAAAAAAAUUGACAUGGAGUGCCUUGAAUUCACUGAUUCCAACAGGGAUCCACUGAGUAUUAUUAGUUCAUCAGAUGAAUCUGGAGAGCAUCUCUUAACCAUGGAAUACAUAAAGGCUGAUGCAGAUGGACCACACUUUCAAACAAUUUACAAAAAUACCAAACAGUUCUUAAAUGUAUCAUUUUCUUCAUUAGAUCUGUUACUACACACAGAUGCCUUGCUUUCCAUCAUGAAUUUUUUCACAUAUGCCUCCAGUGGUCUGACAGCUGCUGCACACGAGCCUGAUGCCAAGCUGCUCUCAGAGGAACCCAGAACUGUUCUCACCAAAUCAGCAUGUAGUGCUGCUGCCCAUGGGGAUGUGUUUGACUUGAAGCUCACUGCCCGCUUGAAUGCCUUCAACAUUUUGGUCUGUGAUCAGAAGAGGAACAUUGCUGAUAUGCGUAUACAAGGUAUGGAGGCCUCUAUUUUUACAAUGCCAAAACAGACAGAAGUUUUUGCCAGGCUUCGGGACUUCAUAGUAACAAAUGUUGACCCCGAGACAGUUCAUAAAAAGGCUGUCUCCAUAGUGGGAGACGAAGUCUUCCGGUUUACACUGUCCCUUUACCCAGAUGCGACAGCAGGAGAAGCAUAUACGGACAUGUCCAAGGUAGACGGUAGAAUGUCGUUGAAAGUGGGUUGCAUUCAGAUCGUUUAUCUGCACAAAUUCUUCAUGUCACUACUGGACUUCCUGAAUCACUUCCAAUCUGCCAAGGAAGCCUUGAGUGCUGCCACGGCUCAGGCGGCAGAAAUGGCUGCUUCCAGCAUGAAGGAUUUUGCUGAAAAGAGUGUUCGCUUUUCACUGGACAUCGACCUGAAGGCUCCAGUUAUAGUAGUUCCUCAGUCGUCCGUGUCUUGCAAUGUAUUGGUAGCAGAUCUUGGCUUAAUCAGAGUUCAGAAUGAAUUUAGCCUGGUCCCCGGAGAAGAAUCCUCUAAUCCUCCAGUGAUUGACAAAAUGGAUAUACAGCUAACUCAUUUAAAGAUCUCAAGGACUAUGGUAGCCAAUGGUUCUCAGCCAGAUGUUGAAAUUUUGCAGCCAGUAAAUCUGCUCUUGUCGGUCCAGAGAAAUUUAGCUGCAGCUUGGUACCUACAGAUCCCUGGGGUUGCCGUCAAAGGAGACCUGAAGGCUAUGCAGAUCUCUCUCAGUCAAGACGACUUAACUCUGCUCAUGAAAAUUCUGUUGGAAAAUCUUGGUGAAGCUGCGACAGAUUCCAGGGUUGCACCGUCGGCUUUGCCAGCUGAGAAGUUCAAAAAGAGUAAAAACGAAACCGAUGUUGAUGAAGAUACUGCUGUAGGGCAGACAGACAUUUAUGAAGCCGAGUCUGAGAAAAGUGUGACCCUUAUGUUUCACUUUCACUUUGAAUCACUUUCCAUCAUUCUCUACAUUGCUGAUGUUAAUCAGAAAUCUCAGCUUUCAAUUCACAAUAACAGUUUACGCCUUGGAGAGCUUAGGCUGCAUCGUAUGAUAGCAUCAGGACAGAUGUUUUCAAAUGGCUGUAUGGAAAUUAAUACCAACUUGAAAACAUGUACGCUGGAUGAUCUGAGAGAGGGGAUUGAAAGGGCAACCUCAAGGAUGAUAGAUAAAAAGGAUGGUGAGGCUGACAGUGUCAUGAUUGACAUAAACUACAAGCAAGAUAAAAAUGGGAGCGAAAUUGUAUCUGUCUUGGAUAAAUUGUACUUGUGUGCCAGUGUGGAGUUUCUUUUGACCGUAGCAGAUUUCUUUGUUAAGUCUGUGCCAGCAACCUCGCCGGAAAAAUCUGCCCAGUUUCAGUUAAAGCACACUACGCAUGGGAAGCCAAAGCCUGAAAAAGAUGGAGCCGUGAAGCCUAACAUGUCCAUGAUAGCACGGAUCCUGGAUCCAGAGAUCGUCUUUGUGGCGAACCUAACCAAGGCUGAUGCCCCUGCCUUGGCAGCUUCCUUCCAGUGUGAUUUCACGUUGUCGAGCGGGCCUCUUGCUCAGCGGAUGACGGCUCAAGUGCUCGACCUGAAGGUGCUGGCGUGCCCUUUCCUGCACAGCAAAGUAGAGAAGAACGUGACAACCGUUGUCCAGCCUUGUUCUUUAACGAUGGAAGCUAUGAUGCACACUUCAGGAAUGCAGGCUGUGGAUGCGGUGGUAGAUCAAUUCGUCGUGAAGGUCUCCCCAAUCAUUCUCAAUACUGUAAUGACCAUCAUGGCGGCCAUGAAGUCCAAGCCAAAAGAGGAAGACUCUGCAGGGACGGCUUGCAAUCCUGAGAACCUGUGGAGUGUCAAGAGUGUUGACCAGUGCCAGUAUUGGUUUCUUGGCGUUGAAAUGGCCACAGAAGCCACCGAAACAUGGCUAGACAGUGAGACGCAGGAGAAGAAAGAAAGUUUCCAUGUUAAAGUGAGGUCGGUUCAGAUCACCCUGGAGUGUGGUCUGGGGCAUCGUACAGUUCCCUUACUAUUAGCAGAAUCCUCUUUUUCGGGAACAGUGGAGAACUGGUCUUCUCUCAUGGCUGCCAGAGGGGACAUGACACUGGAGGUUCAUUAUUAUAAUGAAAUAUGUGCUGUUUGGGAACCCCUUGUGGAACGAGUUGAAAGGGAAAAGCGUCAAUGGGAACUAAAGCUGGAAGUAAAAACUAACCCUGUGCAAGAUAAAGCUUUGUUGCCUGGAGAUGAUUUCAUAGUUUUACCUGAACCACAGAGUGUCAUUAGUAUCUCUUCAAGGGAUACCAUGAAUAUAACAAUAUCAAAGGCCUGUCUUGCUGUCUUCGACAAUCUAGCUAAGGGGUUCUCGGAAGGAGCUGCCUCCACUUACGACUACACUUUAAAAGACAGGGCUCCUUUUAGUGUGAAAAAUGCCUUGGGCAUCCCGCUCGAGGUUCACAGGUGUCAAAGCCUGCAGGCUGUCGGCUUAGCUAGAAGAGAAGAUAUUCAUGACCUGGGAGUUGGUGAGACUUUGGAAUUGGAAUACUCUGCAUCAGAGCCCCAGCGGAGGGGAAAGUUGUCUGCCCUUUAUCGCCAAGAGAGUUCCCUGUUCUCUUUGAGUUUUGGGCCUCGCGGGUACACAGAGGUGGCGGAUGUUCCCAUUGCAAAACCAGGCAGGCGACUGUACAAUGUCAGAGCUCCUCAGCAUGAUCACGCAGACUCUGUGGUGGUGCAGAUCAAUGCUAAAGAGGGAAAUAAAGUUAUCACCAUACGCUCUCCUCUGCAGAUUAAGAACCACUUCUCUGUUCCAUUUAUAGUUUACAAGUUUGUUAGGGGUGUGAAGCUCUUGGAGCCCAUAGGUGUCUCUAAGCCUGAAGAGGAGUUUCAUGUUCCGAUAGAUUCCUAUAGGUGUCAGCUCUUUCUUCAGCCCACUGGGAUCUUAAAAGGCCGGUAUGAACCUUCUACGACCUAUAUAUCCUGGAGAGAAGAGUUGCAUAGGAGCAGUGAAGUCAAGUGUACCCUCCAGUGCCCAUCGGCUGAAGUCAGCUUUCUGCCUCUCAUCAUAAACACCACGGCUGUGCCGGAUGAGCUGAGCUUCAUUGCAACACACGGGGAGAACUGGGACCCCGCCUACAUCAUUCAUCUUUAUCCGACCCUCACUCUGCGGAACCUUCUGCCGUAUUCCUUACGAUACCUUCUUGAGAGAACAGCCGAGACCCAUGAGCUGCCAGAAGGGAGCACUGCUGAUGUUCUUCAGGCAAGAAUUGGUGGCGAAAUCAUGGAGCUAGUCCUGAUGAAGUAUCAGGGCAAAGACUGGAACGGACACUUCCGCGUCAGUGAUACGCUGCCCGAGUUCUUUCCGGUGCGCUUCGCAUCAGAUUCUGCUGACGUGACAACCGUGGACCUCUACAUUCACGUGAGGAGAGUGGGUGGCCGCAUGGUUUUGUCUGUGUACAGUCCUUACUGGAUCAUCAAUAAAACGUCACGUGUUCUCCAGUACCGUGCUGAAGAUGUCCAUGUAAAGCACCCAGCAGAGUACAGGGAUAUUAUCUUAUUCUCCUUCAAGAAAAAGAACAUUUUCAGUAAAAAUAAGAUUCAGUUAAGCGUCUCAACCAGCACGUGGUCUAAUAGCUUCUCUCUGGAUACAGUGGGAAGUUAUGGAUGUGUGAAGUGCCCUGCCAGUUUCAUGGAUUUUCUGGUUGGCGUUAGUAUUAAAAUGAGCAGCUUCAAUCUCACCCGGAUAGUUACUUUAAUGCCCUUCUACACCAUAGCGAACAGAUCUUCCUUGGAGCUCGAAGUGGGAGAAGUGGGAGCCGAUGGCUCGCUCCCUACUAACAAGUGGAGUUACUUUUCAUCUUUGGAGUGCCUUCCAUUUUGGCCUGAGAAUUUGUCGGGCAAACUCUGCCUCAAGGUGGUAGGCUGUGACCGUGUCUCCAAACCGUUCUUCUUCAACCGACAGGACAACGGGACUUUGUUGAGCCUGGAGGAACUGAACUCUGGCAUCCUUGUGGACGUGAACAUUUCUGAGCAGUCCACCAUGAUUACUUUCUCAGAUUAUCACGAGGGAGCCGCUCCAGCUUUGAUCAUCAACCAUACUCCAUGGAUUACUCUUAAAUACAAGCAGAGUGGCUCAGAGGAAGAGAUGGAACUAAAGCCGCGGGAAGUGAGGCUGUUUGCAUGGGCAGAUCCAACUGGAGUGAGAAAACUCACCUGGACCUACGCACAAAAUACUGGAGAACAUGAUCUUCUUAAGGAUGAAUGUGGCCAGUUUCCUUACAACCCCAACAUACAGAUACACUGGGUUUCUUUCCUGGAUGGGCGCCAGAGGGUGCUCCUUUUCACAGAUGAUGUGGCGUUGGUUUCCAAAGCUCGGCAAGCGGAGGAGAUGGAACAACCUGAUCAAGAAAUAAAUGUUUCUCUUCACAGCCUUGGGCUUUCGCUGGUCAACAAUGAAAACAAACAUGAAGUCUCUUACAUAGGGAUCACAAGUUCAGGUAUUGUCUGGGAGUUAAAACCAAAGCAGAGAUGGAAGCCAUUUAACCAGAAACAGAUCGGUCUCUUGGAAUCAGCUUAUCAGAAGCAUCUUUCUGCAGGAGCAACAGAGGCUUCCGGUUGGGUUAAAAUAGAGAACAAUUUUGAGGUAAAUUUUAACAAGAUGCCCAUGGAAAUGCGUCUCCCGAUGAAGUGCAACAUCAAGCGAGACUUUUUAUCAGGCAUUCAGGUUGAAUUCAAGCAGUCACGCCACCAGCAAAGUUUGAGAGCUCAGCUAUACUGGCUUCAGGUUGAUAACCAGUUGCCCGGUUCAAUGUUUCCUGUUGUGUUUCAUCCUGUAGCUCCUCCCAAAUCAAUUGCAUUGGAUUCAGAACCAAAGCCAUUCAUUGAUGUUAGUGUCAUCAUUAGAUUUAAUGAAUAUAGUAAAGUAUUACAAUUCAAGUAUUUCAUGGUUCUCAUCCAGGAAAUGGCUUUGAAGAUAGAUCAAGGCUUCUUAGCAGCACUUACUGAACUCUUCACUCCAUCCACAGAUCCAGAAGCUGACCAGCAAAGGAUGAAGCUGAUACAAAAGGACAUUGAUGCUCUUAACGUGCAGUUGCUGGAGUCAUCCAUGACUGACAUAUCUCCUCUUAGUUUCUUUGAGCACUUCCAUAUUUCUCCACUGAAGCUGCAUCUGAGCCUCUCCUUAGGCUCUGGCGGGGAAGCGUCUGAUAAGGGUAAAGGAGAAAUGAUCGCCAUCCAUUCUGUGAAUCUGCUGUUGAAGAGCAUUGGGGCCACCCUCACCGAUGUGGAUGAUCUUAUAUUCAAGCUUGCUUUCUUCGAAAUCAAGUAUCAGUUUUACAAAAGAGAUGAAUUAAUGUGGAAGGUCAUUGGACAUUACCGAGAUCAAUUCCUGAAACAAAUGUAUGUUCUUCUGCUGGGUCUUGAUGUUCUGGGGAAUCCCUUUGGCUUAAUCAGAGGCCUGUCGGAGGGCGUGGAAGCUUUCUUCUAUGAACCUUUCCAGGGAGCUGUCCAAGGCCCUGAAGAGUUUGCUGAAGGUUUUGUGAUUGGUGUGAAAAGCCUGCUUGGUCACACAGUGGGUGGAGCGGCAGGUGUAGUAUCCCGGAUCACCGGUUCUGUUGGAAAGGGGUUGGCUGCAAUCACUAUGGAUAAAGAGUACCAGCAGAAGAGAAGAGAGGAGAUGGGACGUCAGCCGAAGGAUUUUGGAGACAGCCUUGCUAAAGGAGGGAAGGGCUUUCUACGGGGAGUUGUUGGUGGGGUAACUGGGAUAAUCACAAAACCCGUGGAAGGGGCCAAAAAAGAAGGUGCGGCUGGUUUCUUCAAAGGGAUUGGAAAGGGGCUGGUCGGAGUGGUGGCGCGUCCGACAGGAGGCAUUGUGGACAUGGCCAGCAGUACCUUCCAGGGCAUCCAGCGGGUGGCCGAGUCAACGGAGGAGGUGUCCAAUCUGCGCCCUCCCCGUCUCAUUCAUGAAGAUGGCAUCAUUCGUCCGUAUGACCUGGGAGAAGCUGAGGGCUAUAACCUGUUUGAGAACUCUCAUAUCAAGAAACUGGAAGGAGAGCGUUUCAGAUUCCACUGUGGUGCCCCAGGAGGCAGGAAGGCACAGAUCGUUGUAACUAACAGGAGAGUGAUGUUUGUAAAGGAAGUAGAGAUUCUAGGACACAUAACAACAGACUGGGAUUAUUUAUACGAAGACUUCACUCGUCCACCAAAUGUAGAUGAAAAUGUGCUGCAAAUCUUUGUUAAGGAUCAAGGUCUGUUAGCAUUCCAGAAAAGAGAUAGUGGUGGACAUGAGUCAGUAAGGAAAAUCAAGCUCCAGGAUGUGGCUUCAGCAAAGGUGACGUGCCAUGCCAUUCAGGAAGCUUGGUCCUCCAGGCAACAGGAGAAACUGGUGAAACAAGCAUCUCUAAAAUUAAGCAGAUCAUCCACACCAUUUUAACAGCAACAUCCUUAGUUUAAGCGGUUUUUCAGGGAAUUAUUUUUUUCAAAACAGUGUGAAUAAUGUUUGUCAGGGGUCUUCUUCCUGCUACUUAGACCAAACCGCACCUCAGAAUAAUUCAUCUGCCAUAUUUUGAUCAUUGUUCUCUCAUGUUUUAAUCUCUGCAACAGAGUAACAGAUGAAGGAAGGGUUGCUAUUCUUUCUGCUUUAAUAAUUUUCAGUCUGCUUUAAAUUGACCAAAAUAUUAUUAUUAUUUUUUUGCUCAAGUCAACAUUUAUUUGCAUAAAGUGAAUGGAACCGUCCUCCCUGAUCUACUUGAAAUUUAUGGAGAUACUUUUUCAAUAUCUGUAAAAAAAAUUGGCUGACAAUUCAUUGAAGUAACGGAGUGUGUCGGUCAUAGAAAUACAGAGUUGCCUUAUUUAUGUCAGCCAAUGCUGAGGCCAGCAUCCUGUUUAAAUGCCCUCGUGCGUGCACCAUUUGUUGUUCAAGCAGUUUGCAGCAUUUGGUGGGGUGUUGUUCACUGUUUAUUUCAGGAGGAUAGUGGCUGUUCCUCAGGGCAGUGAUCACUAGUACAAAGUUUGCAGUAGAUGUUUACGUCGUGUCACAUUGGCUUCAGGAACUAGCGCACUUUGUACUUUUAAAAAAAUGACAUGCUAAAAAUGUAAAUUUAUCUGUUCAGGGGGAUGCUCAUGGACGUUAAAUCCAGCGGUAGAGCUAUCCUCACUGUUCUUGCACUUUAAUCCCUUUAGACUGCCUUUCAGCAGCUCGCCUGUGAUUCUAAGGGUGGCCUGCGCUAUCGCACAUGCAGCGUAUUUUGUUCACGAGAGGCUGUGUGCACUUUUGUAGCAAUGGUUUUAUGAAGGAAGUCUUGUUCAUUCAAAUACUGAUUCUACAUCUAACAAAUGAAGGGAUGCCUCAAUGAAAUUCACUGAGUUUCACAUUUCUGUUUUUUUAUUAUUAUUAUUACCAUUUGCCUACAUAGACAUUAUGUUUAGGAUGGAAUUCUUCCCCCCCCAACCCCCAAAACCUGGCCUUUCUUCAUUCAUUUCAUCAAUGCUUAGUAUGUUUGCGGCGGCCAAAAUAGGCUAUGAGUGGGUUUUAUGUCUGAUGCAGCCUAGUAAAUAUAUUAAUCAGUGACAGGGUAAUAAACAAAGAAAAUUAGGACAGAAUAUUCAUACCUGACAGUCAGAUGCUGUUCUGUGAGACUGCCGUGGUUAAAGAAAGCUCUGCAGUCCGGGAAUGGAAAAUACCAUUCAGGCUUUUUUUUUCUUGUCUAGGGUAACGUCUUGCAUUGCAUUGUACUUUUACUUAGAAUGGUAAAGAAGCCACAGCUGAUUAUGACUGGCUACUUGGCUUGCAGGAAAAUGGUCCUGAAAUCUACAAAGUUCAGUAAGUGUAUUUUGGCUCUGGGCUCCAUGAAAUGUAUUUUUAUAUGCCUUUUCUUUACAUCAUUGUUGUGUAUAUGGCACUGCCAAAUAAAAAAAGAUUUUAUAUGCAGCUUGUUAUGGCUUUCAUGGCAAGCACUCAAUGAGAUCCGGUGACCAGACAAAGAAGUUUAAAGGUAUUGUAUUGCCAAUAAUAAAAUGAAAUAAA